GCCCUUAAAUACUUAUUUACAUAAUUCUCUUUUUUUUUGAAUCGUUACACACUUAUUGUGCCAUCGACCUAUAUAAAUGUCCUUUGGUUGAUGCUCAUUGCUCACCAAAUUUAUUCUCUCUUCUCACAAAGAAACUCAAAUUAAAACAUAAGAAGCCAUGGCUGCUCUUGAUUGUUCAAAAACUAAGACUUUUCGAUCCAUCAGUUUGCCCAACAGAUCACACCCCACAACUCAGAGAGUUGAAGAGGUGUUGAAUAAGCUUAAAGGAUUGGAGACAUCAGUUGCACCAACCGCAGAGACAAUUUGUAAUAGUUUGCUCGGGUUGGAGGAGUUACACAAGUGUAUGGAUGAUCUUCUUAAGUCGACUCAAACUCUUCGGAUACUCUCCCAGCACCAACAUGUUAAAUGGUUUGAGGAGUUACUGGGGAACUCGAUUAGGAUUCUUGAUGUUUGUGGCACUACAAGGGAACUUGUCUCUCACUAUAAGGAAAACAUAAGAGCUCUUCAAUCCUCAUUCAGAAGACGAAAAGGAGAUUCAAGUGCAGAAGCAGGAAUUGCAAGGUUCACUACUUUCAGCAAGAAAAUGAAGAAGGACGCCAAAAGAUUAGCCUUGUCCUUGAAGCAAGUGAACUGUGAGACUCUCACCGCAGCAUUCUUAGAAGCAGAUCAGGAGACAAUAGCUGUGAUUAGAGCACUAAGGGAAGUCAAUGCAGUUUGCAUUUUGAUUUUCCAAAUGCUCUUGCCCUUCUUGUCAGUGCCACUUUUGAAGCCGAAGCAGCCAAAAUGGUCAUUGGUUUCAAAACUGAUACACAAUGGAAAAAUAGAACAUGAAGGCCUAGAAAACAGUAGGAACAUGGAAACAAAAGUGGAGACUUUUGAGGCUCAACUUGACAGCAUUGAGAAGAGAUUAGAAGGAGCAUUCAGGAGCCUGAUUAGAUCGAGAAGCUCGCUCCUGAAUGUUUUCUCCAGCUAAUCUGGAAGUUCCUACACCAAAUUAUAUAGUAGUUCACCACAUUUUGUAAAUGGAUAAUUUUGUACUUAUACUAGAAAUAUAUAUUACACGGAUUGAAAGACUAUACUCGAAUUAGAAAAGUUCAAAGUGAAUAAUGCAGACCAGAAUCUAUUUUCCUGCCAGGAAGUGGAUCUUUUGUGUUAUUAUCUUUUCUUGUAAUUAUUAGUUUCAAAACCGUUUUCUUCGUAACAGAGAAAUCCUUCAAGAUGAGUGGCAACAGCUUCUUGUGGUAAUUCUUUGGAUAAGUAUAGUUCCUUUAGGCCUAUUAAAGUGAUUUAACAGCACUAGUUAGUUAUAAUGAUUUUCAUUCAUGUACUUCAUGGACAAUGAGUCCCCUUUCUGUACUCCUCUACAAAUCAUCUAAAUACUAUGUUUUCUCAUUGCAUUAAGACAAAAUGAUGAAAUAAAAAAAAAGGAUGAACAUGAAUUCAGCGGAAACAAAGAAGAAAUCUCACCCGAAAGGACAUGCAAACACAAACAUACACAGGUGACUGACGUGCAUAGGAUGAAGAGCGGGAGGAAAUUCUCCUGUAUAUUUUAUGUUUCCAUUUAGACAUACUUUUUCUUCUAUAAUUUCUCACGCAGUGGGGAUACAUUUACAGAAGUUACCACUUUGUUAAGGGCAUCGUUGGCCCAUUUUGGAAAUUUGCUACUGCACUAGACAUUCAUUCUCCGUAUUAACUUUACUAAUACAGUUUAAAUCAAAUUAUUCGUUUUAGUUAUUUUCAGGAGCACAAGUUUUUCACAUGAUUGAGUAUUAUCCCAAUGAGUGAGGAUUCAUAAACCCAACCUCAAUUGAUUUGAGAUUGAGUCUGUAGUUAUUUUUUUAGUUUUCAGGUGCACCAAUUGUUUAUCACAUACACAACAGGAAUUCAUAAAUCCACAUUGGAAUUUAGCAUGUUAAAGCAUCAUACGGAAUUGAUCAAAC